CAAUGCCACAAUGUUCGAGCAUGCUGCAUUCCCGUUGAUUGCUUGGCCAUCCGUAGGACUGGGAGUUAUUGUUGAGGACGUCAUAGCGUCAUCAUCAUCAGUCUCUGCCGCCGCCACUGCCGCCGUAGGACUACGAUGCUAAGCGCUGAGGAACGCGUUCUGGAAUGGUUUCACUAUAUCUACCACAACGAUUCCUCUACCACCCUGAUCCUCAACACUACCGAAUUCCGGCGACGCCUGUUCGCCAUCCUAGACGCCAACUCGACCACCACCAGCCCCUCCACGAUGAACGGCCCCACCAAGCUAUACCGGCGGGCGUUCGAGUUCCAGAACAUUUCCGAGCACAAUAUCACCCACGAGUACGUGAACGACUUCCUGGAGAAGCUGUUUCAGUCGCUGAACCGGGUCAACCGUACGACCGCGCCGGCCAUCGAGGAUGACUGGGGAGGCGGCGAUUCCGGCCCGGAUGAGCACGGCAACUGCAGCGAUUACUGCAAGGGCCUCGUGCGGGACCUGUUGAUGGACUACAAGAUCCUGCACGGGUACAUUGCGCUUGUGAUAUGCGUGUUUGGCACGAUUGCCAACAUCCUGAACAUCGUCGUCCUGACGCGCAAGGAGAUGUGCAAAAACCCCAUCAACCGCAUCCUGAAAUGGCUCUCCGUGACCGACAUGUUCGUGAUGAUGGAGUACAUCCCGUUCGCGUUCUACAUGUACUCGAUACUGCCAGACCGCCAGGACUACCCGUACUCGUGGGCGGUCUAUCUGAUGUUCCACAUGCACUUCACCCAGAUACUGCACACCAUCUCGAUCCUGCUGACGGUGUUGCUGGCCGUGUGGCGAUACAUCGCAAUCAAACAUCCGCACGGUUCAUUAGCCCUCUUCGCCCAAUCUAAUUACAGUUAUGCAAUCCUGUUCUGCUACGUGCUGGCCCCCAUCCUGUGCAUGCCGACGUACUUUGUCUUCACGAUACGGCAGACACGGGUCUACAAGGACGACGCCCCCGUCAUGCUGUACCACUUGGACGCGGACGAGAACACUUCCGUUUACCGCUACAACUUUUGGAUCCACUCGGUUAUCAUCAAGCUGCUGCCGUGUGCGGUGCUGACCGUAAUCAGCUGCGUCCUGAUCAACGUCCUGUGGAAGGCGAGCAAGCGGAAGCUGAAGCUUAAACAGGGCGCAAAUUUGGUGCCCAGUAAAAACGGUGCGACGACGGCAGGGGUCACUUCGUCGCCGAGUCACGCCACCAGCUGUGCCACCACCAACGCCACAGCUGGGCCUGUCGGUGUUGGGAACGGAACCAGACACCCCAAGGCGGACCGCCGCGCCGACCGAACCACGAUGCUGCUGGUGGCGGUGCUGAUGCUGUUCCUGGUGACGGAGUUCCCCCAGGGCAUCCUGGGCCUGCUGAGUGGCAUCCUGGAAAAGUGCUUCUUCAAGCGUUGCUACGCGCUGUUUGGCGAGAUGAUGGAUCUGCUUGCCUUAAUCAACGCCGCCAUCGGUUUCGUGCUGUACGGCCUAAUGUCGAAACAGUUCCGCACUAGCUUUAAGUCGGUUUUUUGCAAAACUCCAACCCAUAGGGUCGAGAUGACCAGGAUGACGGGCAUCACGACGACCUGCGUCUGAUCGGGCGGGACAGUCCUACGGAAGGAUUCUAGGGCGAAUUUAGGCACUCAUCUCAUUCGUAUCACACUAGCACUGGUAGUUGACAAUGGGUUAGCCAUUUGGGUAGCGUCCAAAUUUUAAAAACUCCUCUGAUAUUGGUCAAAAUUUACGAACUAAAUUUAUACUAGAAUCUAGAUACAAAAAGUCCCAAGGGUUUUUAGCUUGGGUUGGAGUUGUGAUUUGAAAGGAUUUACUGUGUAAAUAUAUAAUCACUGAGCUUGAACAACGAAGGCAUCACCUGGGGAAAAAACGGUGGUGCAAUCGUAAUCCGUAGGCCAAGCUGUGGUGGUAAUACUUCCAAAGCUGUGUAGCAAAAGUCCGCUAUAUCCCACCUUGUACUCCCCCGCCCCCCUCGAGUUCGCCGUAUGCGUUUGAGCCCACACGCGAUACGGACAGAGCAGUCGAACCAACGGAACGAUCUCACAAAAUUGGAAUGGUUACCACCAUUUAGUAAGAACGAAGCAAACUAAAUAAAUUUAGAUGUGUAUUUGUUAAAAGGAACAAAAAAAACUAGUGUAAUUUGUAAAACUAAAAGUUUAUAAACGUUUAAAAACAAGCGAACCGAAAAAGGUACAAACUACUCAUUGGCAUGAAAGAGAAGAUUACUAUAAAAAAAAGUUACACGUUUAGGCUGGCAGAGUUCUAUGACGAGUUAGAUUUCACAAAGUUUCACCCCGCAGGUAGACACAACGUUGUGAUUCCAUCGUGGAUUUCAGAGUUUAGGAUCGUGUAUAUUUUUUCUAUUUAUCUGAAUGCUGAAUGUAAAACAAAACCAAAGAGUUUCGUUCACUUUAAAUGGACUAAUAAAAGCGUUAGCGAAAUC